AUGGUGAAAGCACCCGCAGCCUGCACCCGUACGGUAGGUCCGCGACAAGGAAGCAAGCAGCUGUCCAAGGAGAAAAGACAACAUCAGAUUGAUGAAGGGAUAAGCAUUGACAAGCUACAUAAGCUCCAUCGGAGAAACGUCUCAGCCUGGAACAUGAAGAGGUUGAUGAAGAUUAUUUGGUUUGAAACGCUCACAACAAUAGAUGAGCAGAUAAAGCAGGCAAUUGGGGAGGGAGAUUUGUCAGCGACACAUAUUCGCAGCGAAUACGAGUCACAGAUGGCCGCCAAGAAGAUCUUCCAUAAUGUAGCCAAGCAUCGAUCCAGGUACAUAUACUUGGCAGACUUGAUGCACUUCAUGAGGCAGGAGGAAGCCAUCAAAGCAAUGGAUCAUUUUGAAGGAGGACAGGAGUACAAUAGGAUUAGCAAGAGGUCUCUUAAGAACUGGAUGGUGAAUGCAUUUAGAGAGCGCAAAGCUCUUGCCCUAACACUUAAUGAUACAAAAAUUGCAGUAUCCACGCUCAACCAGACGACUAAUGUUGUUGGCGGCAUCAUCGUGUUUGUUCUUUGGCUUUUUAUUCUUAGCAUAGCAACGACGAAUUUUCUUGUCUUCCUCAGUUCACCGUUUUUGGUGGCAAUUAUUGUACUUGGAGACGCUUUGAAAUCAAUUUUUGAGGCAAUUGUUUUCUUAUUCGUGAUGCAUCCUUUUGAUGUUGGUGACCGCUGUGAAAUUGAGGAAGUUCAGGUCGUUGUUGAGGAAAUGAAUAUCUUGACAACAGUCUUUCUCCAAUAUGACAACCUGAAGAUAUACUAUCCAAACAACAUACUGGCGACCAUACCGAUUAUGAACUUUUACAGGAGUCCGGAUAUGGGAGAAGGAAUUGACUUCUAUAUUCACGUUGCCACACCGGUGAAACUAGCAGUAAUGAAGGAAAUAAUACGACGUUACAUCACCAACAAGAAAGAGCACUGGUACCCCGGGGCGAUGGUUGUCCUCCGUGAUGUAGAUGAGACCAACAAGCUAAAAGUAUCCAUAUGGCUCUGUCACACCCUCAAUUUCCAUGACAUGGGGAUCCGGUACGUGAGGAGGGAGCUGGUGCUCCAAGAACUAGUGAAAGUUCUCAAGGACCUCGACAUUGAGUACCAGAUGCUACCACUUGACGUGAACGUGCGGAAUGCCCCUCCUAUUGAAUCCACAAGGAUGCCAACAACAUGGAAUUACUCCUGA